AUGGAGGAGGCUAAAGAGUUAUACAAAUUACAAAGAGAAGAAAGAAAGAGUCAGAGAAAGGUAGGUUUUAAAAGAGAAAUACUUGAAAAUCCGGGGCCAAAAGGUAAAAGAGAACCCAUGAAGGAAUCCUCUCUCAAGCGUAAGGCCGAGUCCGACCCGGCGGAGGAGACGGAAGAGAGCGGCGAUGAGAUGGAUGACGUUGAUAAUAGGCCGCCGUGGUGGAACCCCCCUGAAUGGGGUUAUGACAGCUACGACGAGGCCGAGUAUCAUUCUGAAGAGAGGACUUUAUUUGACGAUCCAGAGCGUGAAAGAGAAUGGUGCCGCUGUAAACACCAGCUCUUCGACAGUAAGGGGUUUUACGUGGAGCCAGCGCUUAUGCAAGUAUGCAGAAACUCACGAGUCAUACCAGUCACUGAUUUUGAAGCCAAGGCAGGUCACGGUCAAACCAACCGCGAGUUAUUUACAGAUAUGGUUAGCGUCUGCCUCCAGAGAUACAACCAAGAGAAGGGAUUGAAUGUGGAGUUUGUGGAAGUGGUGAGAGCUCUGUAUUCAAGAGGACCUAGAUGGCAGUCGUAUAUUACCUUUCAGGCACGGGAGAAACCUGAUGGCCCUCUUGUCCCUUACCAGGCUAAGGUCUUGUCUGGCUUUUCUAAAGGCCAGCACUUUCCCAUCCUAUGUAGACCCGAAAAGCCGUCCUGUUGGUUUGGUGUAUGCAUGCAGGGGAUGCAUAUGAUGAUGGAGUUUGUUAAAGUUCAUCCAAUCGUUCGUUAAAUUAUCUAGGGGCUGUGUAAUAAUCUAGAAUACUCGGUCUCGGUUGUUUAUGUUCUUUAUAUUUAUAGACCUAAUUAAGUGUUUGUGAUCUA